AUGGAAACCUUGUAUAAUCAACCAGUUGUGGUAGACAAUGGAUCAGGUAAUCUCAAGGCGGGGUUUGCUGGGGAUGAUAAGCCACGUACAUAUGCAUCGGCAGUGGUGGGCAGACCGAAAUACCAAAAACUUAUGGCGGGUUCCUUGUUAGCUUCAUCUACAGGAAUAGAUUCAUCAGAUGGUGAUAUAUUUAUUGGUGAUUCGGCUCAAAACAAUAGGGGUUUAUUAAAACUCACUUACCCAAUGGAGCACGGAAUUGUGACAAAUUGGUCGGAUAUGGAGAAACUUUGGUAUCAUAUGUUUACACAAGAGCUUAAAAUUCAGCCCGAGGAGCACCCUCUACUACUCACUGAAGCACCAUUGAAUCCAAGAUCGAAUAGAGAUGCAAUGUGUCAGGUUAUGUUUGAGCAAUUUAAUGUUCCCUGUGUUUAUAUAUCCAUUCAAGCAGUAUUGGCGUUGUAUGCCUCGGGGAGGACAACCGGGGUAGUUGUUGACAGUGGUGAUGGUGUAAGUCAUGUUGUACCUGUGUAUGAAGGGUUUGCCUUACCAAGCUCUAUCAAGCGAAUGGAUAUUGCUGGAAGGGAUAUCACAACAAACUUGUCAUUCAAUAUUAGGCAAAUGUCAGGAGUUGCAUUGCAAAGUAGUUCAGAAUUGGAGAUUGUACGGCUAAUAAAAGAGCAAUGUUGUUUCAUAUCGAAGGAGCCAGAAAAGGAUGAGAAACUGUACGGUGCUUUGUAUGCAAGGAGAACGAAGGCCAGAAAUGAAUUGUUUACAACUUAUACUUUACCCGAUGGACAUGAACUACAUCUCGGAGCUGAGAAAUUUCGAGCGCCAGAGAUCCUAUUUAAUCCACAGAUUAUUGGUGACGAGAGUCCAGGGUUGCAUGAGCUUAUCUCGUUGGCAGUUGAUAAAACCGAUUUAGAUUUAAGGCCCCAGUUGUAUCAAAAUCUCUUACUAUCAGGGGGGAACACUUUGUUAAAGAACUUUGGUGAUCGAUUAUUGAAGGAAUUGAAAAGUAUGCAAACCCCCCAAUCCAGCGAGUCCACUUCCAUUUGGAACAAGUCCAAGAUUGAUGAGCUGUAUAGCACUAAAAUGAAGGUUAAAAUUUAUGCUCCACCUGAACGAAAAUAUUCAACGUGGAUUGGAGGUUCGAUACUAGCAGGUUUGUCUACAUUCAAGAAAAUGUGGGUAACUUUAGAGGAAUACAGGGACGACCCCGAUGUGGUUCAUAAGAAAUGUUUAUAG